UGCAGCAAAACUUCCUGAACUGGCGGCUGCUGUCCUUUGCCUGAUGGCCAACUGGAGAUGGAGGCAGCCCGAUCACUCAGGUCAUGUAGCAGACCCUGCCAGUGUAAUCAUUAGUACAUGAUCAUAAUUCCUGAAGUCCAGGAACUUCCAGAAACAUGAGCGGCUUCCAUGCGGCAAUCUCAGGCUGAACCUGCAGAUGUGCGCCCGGAGAUAUGGAUUGCGCAAGAGUUGCGGCGUAUUGGAGACGAGUUUAAUGCAUAUUAUCCAAGGAGGGUAUUUUUUAACAAUUACCAAGCAGCCGAAGACCACCCACAAAUGGUUAUCUUGCGACUGUUACGUUACAUCAUCCGCCUGGUGUGGAGAAUGCACUGAUGGUUUCUUCUCGGAGCCGAGAUGUGCGCAGACAUUCGCUUGCUCACACCGAGAGGCCCCAGCACCACUGGCUCCUGGUGCCAUUACUGUGCCGCUGGCGGUUCUCUCCCAGAGAGGAUGUGCAGAGGGCCAGGGAAGCGCGUUCAGAAGACACCGAGCUGGACAUGCACCCAGCCUUCCUGUUCAUCACCACACGGCAGAAUUCCUAAUGGGAGUUUGUUGUGAAUGUAAAUGAGGGAGGAUUUUUUUUUUUUUUUUUAAAUGUACAAAUCAUGGUUCUCUGGAGCAGGAUUUUAUGCAAGAAUGGUGUUUACAUGCCAUGUUUUGUUUUGGUUUUUUUAGUCUUUAAUAAGAACAGGUUUUUCAAAAAGGAAAUGGAAACUUUUUAACCAACUCAUGAAUGAUUUUUGUACUAAAAUCUUAAGAACCUUUUGAUUACUCUCAGAGGAUUAUGUAAACCCUGCAGUGGAAACUGAGCCAGCUAAUUUAUGAAGCUGCCUUAGUUUAUUUUUAGAAAUUACUGUACAGAAUUUUUAAACAGGGAGAAGUAUUAUGUGCUCCCCACCCCCACCAUUGCCUCUUUGACCUUUUUUUUGUUUUUUAAUUAUUAUUAAUACCAAAAGAGUUCUUAUGAAAUAGAACUAACUAAAGGGGCAAAGUGUUGAUUUUCAUUGUGCAUUGAUAUGCCAUUUCUAUUUUGUAAAUAUUUAUGUACCUCCUUAAAUUUAGUUGCAUUUGUCGCAAAAUUUCAGACUAUUUUUUGUGUGUUUUCCUGAUCUCCUUUAUAUGAGGCUCCUCUGGUCUGUCUGGACUCUGAUGCACAGAUUCGAUCCAGUGUGUUUUCAUGACAAAAUGUAAUUGGGUCAGAAUAAGAGUUAAUAUCUGCCUGUAUCAUACACAGCUCGAUCAAUCUGUUAUUAGUUGACUAGGUGAGAAGUACUUGGUGUUGGUUUUCAUUUAGUUUUGAUGGGUUUGGCAUUUAGAAGUAUUCGGAAGAGGUAAUAGCAAUAGUUACGGCGUACUAAGUAUUAUGCCCCUUCAUGCUGUGGGCUUUCUAGUUGCAGGCUUUCCCAUGGUCACAGGAUGCCCCAUCAGCCUCAAGUCCCAGAUGGUCCACACACCCCCACAUACAGCAGGGUCCAGCUGUGGGCAUCCAGAUUUGUGCCCUUGUGGGAAUGAGCACAGGCCAAAGGCGGGAUCUUCAGAUGGCCAUUUUCUAGGCAUUCUGGCUUUUAAUCCAACUCAGAGUUUACUUGGCCUGUGGUUCCUGAUACUUAGUCCCCACUUCUCUAAGUCCACUUUUAAAUAUAGGCUUAAUUCUACCAGUGCUGUGGAAUAGCUUAAUUGGGCAGAAGUCUGAAAUGGUCUCGGCCUCCUGAAGGAUGUCAGGUUUUCCAUCUCUCUUGGGGCAGGUGGUUUUGUCAGGCCCUCUUGCGUGCAGCUCUGCGGGGAUGCUGUUUCUCUGCACCUCCCCUCAGGAUCGUAGUGAAUGGGAAGCCUAUGCGUUGGUCAGUCAUUUCAAAGGCAAGCAGACAACUGGGGAGAACUGAGAAAGAGAUUAGGAAGCAGUGAAAGGAAUGGAGAUGAUCCAGUGAACCCCAUAACUCCUACAGUUUUUGAAAACUCCCAUCAUUAAACAACUUCUUAAAUGAAAUACCUGGAUUUUCAAACGAGUCAGCAGUGCCAACAACUGUCGUAUUUGCUUUUGCCAGAUAGAGGACCAGUGUUUUCGCAUUAUUAAAUUAAGUAGGAAAUCUGUUCAUUUGUAUCUUUAUAAUUUUUGUAUAUAUAUAGCAUAUAUACUUUUUUC